GGAGGAGCGCGACGUCCGGUUUUGAGCGGGAAUUCAAACGGCCCGAGCUGCCGUGGGCUCUGCGCGCCCCAGUGCGUCGGGGACCAUGGUGCGCUCGAUGAGAAAGCAAAAACCAGUCAAUUACUCACAAUUUGAGGAUUCAAGUAGUGAUGAUGAUUUUAUUUCUGCAACUGUGCCUUUGAACAAGAAGUCCAAAACAGUAUCAAAGGAGUUAAAGCAGGAGAAACCAAAACCUAGCCCAAAGAAUCUCCAGAAAGAAGUCGUCCUCCCAGAGAAAACACCUAAGAAAAGGGCGGCUUUAGAUGACAAGGUCUUCCAGAGAGGCCUGGAGGUUGCGCUGGCCUUGUCGGUGAAAGAGCUCUCGACAGACGCCCACCAUGCGCAGCAGUCUCAAGAUAAAAGCACUGCCAGUCAAGACCACAGUAAAGUGGAAGUAACGCCCAAGUGUCUUCGCAUCUCUAAUUGCAGUGUGGCCAGUAAUUGUUUAGACGAGGUCACUGAGGAGCAGCAGGAAGAGGAGGACGCACGUGGGCCUCGAGGGAAAAGGCACGCUGCAGCUAAAGCCCAGGCCGGCCAGGGGAAGGUGCUGGCGGACGGCCGCGGUGGCGACAGCGCCGGCGACUCUGAGCCCCGCGCUGCAGCUGAUGAAGUCUCCGAGCAAAACGCCGACUCUGAGGAGAGUGAAGGUGAUGAUGAACUCUACUCUGUGAGAAAAAGUGAAGCCAAAGAAACGAAGAAGAAGGAAGCGAAGGCGAGAUCCGCAGCAGGGAAGGAGGAGAAGAAAUCGAAACACAGGCGAGACGCGGCAGUGACCUCAGUAGACCCAGCUCCAGCUGCCGCCAAGUCAGAGUCUCGGACCUCGCCCGAGGCGAUUUCUCUCUCUCCUGAGGCCACCAGGAAACCAGCAAAAAUGUGCAGUCCUUCAACUGAAAGCAGAAGACCUAAAUGGGUCCCUCCAGCCCCAUCGGGAAGCAGCGGCGGUCCACUGCCCGGAGCGGCUGCCAGGUCCCCGAGUCACAGCCUCCGCCUGGGCUUGUCUCGGUUGGCACGCGUGAAGCCCUUGCACCCAAAUGCCACCAGUAGCCAAGUGUGGUAGCGUUGAAAGGACUGCCGGGAAAACCCCGUGUGCCCGACGCGUCUCUCUCCGGUUUGCGUCUGAGGUCGAGGAGCACUAACGUCAGGGGAGAGGGAGCCCCGGACGCAUCAGAGACGCCCUCUCUCCCGUCUGUGACUCCGGUCCGGGAAAAGCGUGUUUGUCUGCGCGUUGCUUUCUCCCGGGGUUCCUUCUGAAGGGCAGAUUGUGUUUGCCUACGUGUCGUGGGCACGGGCCUCCACGUGCUCCUCUCUAGUCACAAGGUGCCCUUCCUGGCUGAGUGCUCCUCGGUCCUUCCCUUGAGUCUGGCCAGGCGACCGUCCCCCCCGUUUCCCCCAGGAGCCCCGGCCGCACUCCUGUGCCUUGGGCUGCACCAGCACCUGCCCCGCCAGCUCGCCUUCUCCGUGAGCCCGCGUCACCCCGCGCGCUGAAAUGACGAUUGUCCCGCAGCGAAUGUCUGCCUCCCACUCAGAAACAGCUACCGUGCAGCAAACGAACUUUUCAUUGCUAACAUUUGUAAUAAAAUUGAAAGAGCUUUAAAAUGUUUUAUUUGAUACCAUGUAUCUGUCUACUCGUCUCUCAUUGUUUACAUUUCUUUCUAAACUGAGAGUUCUACCAAAAAAAAAAAAAAAAUUAGCCUAUCAGAUAAACACAAGCAAGGGAGGAUGGUUCUUAAAUGCUUUAAAUUAGUCCCAUGCAUUAAAGACUGGCCACUGAGUGUCAACCCAUUAUGUAAUUAGAUAAUAUGGCUUUUUAGGAAGCUUAUAUUUGAAUUUGCUGUGAAUAAAAAAUAAGCAUUUUAUA